AUGCUUGGUUGGCUUGUGAUGAACCGGGCGGGGCAUGAUCAGAACUUCACGCCACGCGUGCACCCAGGUGCAGUUCCUGAGCUCACUCCUCUAUCUGAUACAUCGACGGUCGGCCUCCAGCCUCUCCCCAGCCAUGCAGAUCUGUCAAAGGUCCUCAACACGGUCCUGUUCCUCAACAUCACCACAAGAAAGGCUUACUCCUCCAGGACUCGCGCUUUCCUCUCUGCUCUGGCGCCACUAGAUGAGAGUGCAAUAGCCGCGACACUGAAGGACCCAGACCAUGCACUCAGGGAGGCGGAGCGUAAGACGACACAGGCGAAGCAAGAGGCAUCCGAGCAAUCUAGGACACUCCGAAAUGUUGGCAUAGGCCUCAGCGCUGUCGCAGGUGGGGUACUCAUUGGUGUCACUGGCGGGCUGGCAGCGCCCUUGGUCGGCGCAGGUGUAACUAGCAUCCUCGGCUGGCUUGGUGUUGGCGGCACUGCGGCAGGCCUUCUCGCCAGCGGACUUGCAAGUUCGUCAGUCGUGUGCGGCGCUCUCUUCGGCGCGUAUGGCUCGAAGAGGUCCGCGGAAACCGUCGGCCGCUAUCUGCGGGAAGUCAAUGACUUAGCAAUUGUACCUGUCCACAAGCCUCGCAAUACACUGGCCGUACGCCUCUGCGUGAGCGGAUGGUUGGAUUCUCCCGAAGACGUGAUCGCACCAUGGACUGUGUUCGGCGAUGGCGAGGAUACGUUCGCACUACAGUGGGAAGUGGAUGCACUUCAAAACCUCUCCAAUGCAUUGUCAAUUCUCAUCAAAGCGCAAGCCAUGAAGUACGUCAAGGCAGAGAUCAUUAGGCGGACUGUGUUCGCGAGUUUGUUUGCGGCACUAUCGCCCACUGCAUGGCUGAAGCUCGCCCAAAUCAUUGGCAAGACCGGAAGAGUGUUGGGUAAGCUGCUAGCACAGCGCGUUCUCGGAAACCGCCCUGUCAUCCUGACCGGCUACUCCCUCGGUUCACUGGUGAUCUUCGAGGCCCUUCAAUACCUCGCCUCGCUCCCGCCCUCGGAGACUGCUGGUCUCAUACAAGACGUAUAUCUCUUCGGGUCGCCCGUGCCCACGGACGAGACCGCAUGGGCUGCUGCGCGCCGCGUAGUUGCCGGCCGCCUCGUGAAUGGGUAUGGCUCGAACGACUACAUCCUCGCUGUGCUCUCACGCGUAUCUGACAUGAGCUGGUCCGUGGCGGGCCUAGAGCCCGUUGUGGUGAAGGGCGUCGAGAACGUCGCCUGCGAACAGGUGGACGGGCACCUGAAAUGGCGGAGCGUGAUAGGGCAGUGUCUGCAGAUGUGCAACGCGCCAGGCCUAGUCGAGAAGGAGGUGAAGGAGCAGAAAGAUCUAGAGGUCGAGCACGAAAUGGACCUACACGGCCCUGACAUCAAGCAAGUAAUCAAACUAGCACCAAAAGGUGAACCUAGAUAG